AUGUGGAAAGUCAUCACCAAAGGACCAAUCGUCAUCACAGAAGUGGUUAAGAAGAUACCACUGGACACCACAAAAGACCCAUAUGAUGAAGUCCAGAUUAAACCAAAUGUCGACGUCAUCACAGAAGAAAGAAAGCAAGAUGAGCAGGAUAAUCUUGCCAAGAGUAUCAUCUCCGGAAUAGUCCCAGACAAACAUGUCACAAAGAUCAUCAAAUGCAAGACCGCAAAUGAGAUAUGGGAUACUCUUGAAAGAAUGUGCAUCGGAUCAGAGGAAAUAAAAGAGAAUAAGCUAUCUAUAGCUUGUCAAAAGUUUGACACAUUCCUGAUGCUCAAAAAUGAAUCAGUCGAGGAGAUGGAGUAG